AUGGUGACAAUUAUUGGAGGAAUUACCAAGGGUGUCUGUUGUUAUUCCUAUACCUCGAUUUUGUUGUACGUUUCCGACACUGUCUUGUCAGAAUUUUUAUUACGGUUGAUAUCAGAUUUGAUUAAGGACAUUCCAACUUUAGCUCCCGAUUACAUUCUUGAAGUUAAGCUCGUUUCUCUGCCAGUACAGGCACCGGCACCCGUUGUCGAAUGGAUUAAUCGAUAUUCGUCGUAUGACAAAGUGCUCAUUAUUAUUGCCGGGAUUGACGAUUAA